GCCAUGGCAGUUCAAUCCUUGUCUUUCUUCCCUUCCUCUCUUUUUCUUCUCAUUACUCUCUUCCCUUUAAUAUCAUCUUCUCACCAAUACCCUGCCCAUUCCCAUGGUUUGCUGUUUCUGAACAACCUCAAUGGAUGUAAGAAAGGCGACACGGUGGAAGGACUCCACCAAAUGAAGCGGUAUCUCCACCGCUUCGGCUACUUGAAUCAUGUUCAAAAUCAUUCUAAAACAUACGAUGAUGAGUUCGACGAGCUUUUAGAGUCUGCCAUUCAAACUUACCAGCUCAAUUACAAUCUUGAGGCUACUGGGACUCUCGAUGCCUCGACGCUAGCUCUUAUGUCGAAACCUCGAUGUGGGGUUGCCGAUGUUUUCCAUGGCAAGACGAGGAUGAAUUCGGGUAAGAAAAUGGUGAAUCGACAUAGGAAAAUCGGUGGUCGUUUCCAUGGUGUUUCUCACUUUGCUUUCUUUGAUGGAAACCCUAAAUGGCCAGCUUCAAAAUCUCACCUCACUUACGGAUUCCUCCCGGGAACCCCAACAGAGGCGAUAGCUCCGGUGGGUCGAGCUUUUACGACAUGGGCUGCAAACACACACUUCACCUUCUCCCAAGCUUCUAGCUACGAAACAGCCGACAUCAAAAUAAGCUUUGAAAGUGGCGACCAUGGAGAUGGAGAAGCAUUCGACGGCGUUGGAGGGGUGAUAGCCCACGCCUUUUCCCCAACAGACGGGCGAUUACAUUUCGACGCCGUUGAGCCAUGGGCCAUCGGCGCCGUGCCCGAUUCAUUCGACAUGGAGACAGUCGCAUUACAUGAGAUCGGACACCUUCUCGGCCUACAACACAGCUCGGUCGAAGGAGCAAUAAUGUGGCCAACCAUCAUGGAAGGAGCUACCAAGGGUUUGCAUGCCGAUGACAUUGCAGGCAUUAACGCAUUAUACACCACUACUUCUUGAGCAGCUAUUGUAACUUAAUUCGUUGCUUCUU